AUGGCCGAUUCGGACACUUACCUACGGCAGCCCUGGCUCACGGUGCAUGGCAUCCCCAUGGUCAAUGCCUUCGCCCACAACUGGGAGCGGGUCGACAACUUCCAGAGCCGCCCCGAGGACAUCGUGGUGGUCACCUUCCCCAAAUCGGGCACCACCUGGGUCAGCGAGAUUGUGGACAUGAUCCUGCAAGGCGGCAACCCCGAGAAGUGCAAGCGGGACAUUAUCAGCAACAGGGUGCCCAUGCUGGAGUUCUCUGCCCCUGGGGAGAUGCCAGCAGGGACGGACCUGCUGGCCACCAUGCCUUCACCCCGUGUGGUGAAGACCCACCUGCCCGCACAUAUCCUGCCGAAAUCCUUCUGGGAAAACUGCUGCAAGAUGAUCUACGUGGGGCGCAAU